CAUUCUUUAGGCACAGCCAAUCAUCAUUCAAUGGAACUUGUCAGAAACGUGACUAUUGCAUUGCAAUUUCAUUGUGAGGUCUAUCGAUUGGACUGAUAGUUUGGUGUGAAGAGUGAUUAAGUUUAAGGGAUAUUCUUUAUACACUUCAGGGGCUUAAUUAUGGCUGAUUUUGAGAAGAUCAUUAAGAUCCCUUGGACAAUACUUUGCAUCAUUUUCACCGGCUUGAAAAUAUUAGUUGCUUGGAUACGUAUGAAUUCAAAGCCAGGAAUAUCUAACACUUUUGCUUGUUUGAAUGGAAAAACUGCCAUCAUAACUGGCGGAAAUUCAGGUAUUGGUUACACAACAUCCCUCUUGCUAGCUUCCAGAGGGUGCAGAGUCAUCAUAGCAUGUAGGAGGAACGCUGUGAAAGAAAGGGAUGAAAUAAUGAAACAGACAAACAAUCCUAAUGUAAUAAUAAAACAUUUGGAUUUGAGUAAAUUCGCAUCAGUUCGAAAAUUUGCAGAAGAGAUUAAAGCAGAGGAGCCAAAGAUAGACUUUCUGAUCAACAAUGCAGGUGUUGGUCACGUUGAUCAGAAUAGGACAAGUGAUGAUGGUCAAGACAUUAUCUUGCAGACCAAUAAUUUUGGACAUUUCUUGCUCACACAUCUGCUGAUAGAUCUCUUGAAGAAAUCCGAUGGUGCAAGAAUUGUUUUCUUGAAUUCAUUUCUAGCAUACCUCAACUGCUUGUGUUUUUCCGGUUUAAAACCGUGGAAAAAAUUGUAUUUUGGAAGUCGUAUAUUGAGUUAUGCCAAUUCUAAGGCAUUGAACACAAUGGCUGCUCAAGAGAUGAACAAAAAAUUGGAAAAAUUUGGAAUUAAAGUUUUUUCAGUCGAUCCAGGUUUAGUCCAAACACCUAUUUUUGACGUCUAUGAGGAACCAGGGGCAGAAGAAGCUUUCUUUAGGAGAUUCUUUGGGAUAUUGACGAAUAUUUUUUCUACGGAUUCAAGAAUGGCAGCAGAAUCUAUCCUACACGCUAUAUCGAGUAAGACUAUAGAAGGUGGCCUCAAUAUCUUCCGAUGCAAACCAUUUCAUAAGCCUAGAAACUGCGAUAACAUAGGAUUCUGUGAAGAUAUUUGGAAUAAAACUGAACGAAUAGUUGGACUACAACCCGAAGAGAAGCUGUGAACACAAAACAUUUCGCUCAAUUUGUAUAUAUUUCUUUCGAUAAUGAGAGAUUUUAGUUGUGUGUGUUUGUGACUUGAAUUUGAAAACGUUGGAUGAGUUUCAUUGAUGCCUUCCUUUUAAAUAUUAGAAGAAAAAAAGAUGUUCGAAUCAUAAUAUUUGAAGAAUAGAGUGCCAUCUCCUAUAAUGAGAAUAAAUAUAAAAAAAUUC